AUGUCCGAGCGCGAUGUGAACGCUGGUGGACCUAGUGAUUCCAACGUUAUUGCUCAGGCCUUAGGUGGUCCACUCAUCGGCACUUUUGUCAACACUUAUCUCUAUGGUUUGGUGACAUUCCAGUUUCUCAAGUACACCCGGGCGAAGUUCAGAGACCCCUUCUCUUUGAGACUCACAGUGGCCAUGCUCUUUGUGCUCGACACCGCUCAUAGCAUUUCAGGCGUUUACAUUGUCUAUGACAUCUGUGUCGUUGAUUAUGCAAAUCCGAGCUCCAUUGGUGGGCCGCCGUGGACCUAUCCGUUUACCAUGCUGGCGUCUGCAGUAGAAACAUUCUUGACGCAGGCAUUCUUAAUUUAUCGUAUAUCAGCGUCUGGAGACUCAGUCAAAACGUCGUACUGGCAGGAGCAUGCGCCCUCCCUACGAUGGUGA